UUGCCGACGUAUCCAGCGGUAGGAUUGGCCUUGCAGGCCCGUGAAGUUCAGGAAUGGCCAUGGCUGUGAUGAGGGCCAGGAUAAAAAGCCAAGGUGCGUGCCUCAGCCUGGGAAUGCGCUGGCGUUGCUCAUUGCAGUGGCCGAGCACGGAGUCCCUGUCCGCCGCCCACGAGUUUUCGCGAGGAGUUCCCGGUCGGAAGGACCGCAACGGCGCACCGGCCCAAUCUUCAGACUUGUCCACUAACGCAAGCAGAUUGACCCUUUUCGCAUCCUGCGAGCUUAGUGAGGCAUCGAGCCAGCGCUGGUUGCAUGCUGGAGUCGCCUUGCGUGCCAGGGCACGAGAGGACAACAAUGCCGAGGACCGGCUCGAUCUCGAGGAGGCGGCGGGCCUUCACCCGUUGCAUGCCGGAGUCGCUCGGCGCGCCGGGGCUGCGCAAGAGGACCACAGUGGCCAGGACCGGCUCGAUCUCGAGGAGGUGGUCGCAGAAGCCGACAGGGUGCUGGAGGACAACGGCACGGUGAAAGAGACCAAAGCCGUCUUGCGAAAAGCGCAGAAGAUAUAUCCAGGGAAGUGGACCCUUUCAGGGAAGAAAGACGAGUUGCAACAAAAACUGCGCGAGUUUGUGGAGGAGGCCAAAGCAACCAAAAAGGGCUUGGAAGAGGAUUCCCACAGGGCACAGGUGACAAGCUGGCACCCUGGGCGUGGCGGAGUUGCUUCGCGCGCCAGCCCGCAGCAGGACAGUGGUGCGGAGGACUGGCUCGCCAAGAGCUGCGAGGAGGUGGAGGGCUUCAAGAAGGCCCAGGUGCCCAGUUGGGCAGAGGCUGUGCUGAUUGACGGCGGGCUGGAAGCAGACGAUGAGUUCAUCCAGCGGACGGUGACCGCACUGCGGCAGCAAGGCGUCACCGGCAAGUCCCUGCUGGAGCUGACACUGGACGAGCAGAUUGCAGCUGGAAUCCCACUGGGCCCUGCAAAACUGCUGACCAAGAAGAUCCAGUUGUUGCAGGAGCCCCAGGUUGAGCUCCCUCGUUUUAGCGCCACAGAUCUCUUGGACUUCGAAGACCGCUUUUUGAAUAGCCGAAUCAACAACAAGGAUGAGAGGCCGUUUCUAGAAAGGGAGGCGGUUGUUCGGAGUCUUGUGGAGCAAAUAGAACAGAUCCAAAGGAAUGGGACCAACAAGCCGACGGUCUUGGCCUUGUGGAGCCCAAGGGGCACCGGCAAGACAUCGCUUGUCCGACACCUGGCUUUGAAGGUCCCGAACUUCUCAGAAAGCCGAAGAUGUGGGCGGCUUUUAGUGGUUGAUGCGCGAGAGAUUCCAAAGUCAGCGUUGCAGGAAGCUCCCAGUAGGAUUGCUUCUGCAAUUGUCGUGUGGCACCUGUCACAGUUGCUGUGCGGGUACAGCAUCGAAGUGAGUGGGCUGGUGGUGAGUUUUAGGGGCAUGGACUUCAUUGCAGUGCUGGAGGCCCUCAAACGUACAUCGGUACGACGUGAAAUUGAUAGGUGCGACAGCUUCGAAGUUUGGCUUGGCUCAUUUUGUCGAAAGAAGCAGGGCGUCUUCGAGCAGUGGCUGUUGGUGACGGCUGCAGCCUUCAACGCAACACCAGACUGCGCUUGCUUGGUGUUCCUCGAUCAGGCAGAGCUGCUUGUGAAUCAUGAGGUCGAGGGACUGAGCCACCAUGGACAGAAAUCAGCUUUCACCGAAAUAUUUGGCGAAUUCCCGCAGAAGAUGGGCAUGUUUUCGGCAGGCACGGUGAAUAUCUUGACCGAUAGGCCAUCGGAGGAGUACACCUCGCUUAAGGUCCAGGAAGUACCGGCUCUGGCGCCAUUGUCGCUGCAAGCCGCCAGACGGGCCAUGGCAGAGUGGGGAGGCAUGCAAUACAAGAAGAAGGAAUUCGACAACAUUCACCUCUUCUCGGCUGGGGUACCCCGGCUUCUGGAGGCGGCAUUCCAGACCUGGGGUGAGUUGGCAUCAACUGCUCAGGUUGCACUCAAUGCCAUGUCGCAGGAGUUCAGAAGCUCGUAUGCGGAUGCAGCCCCCUACUUCAAUCAGCCAGAAGUGGCUUUGGCGUUGGUUCUUUGCUCGGCGGUUCGAUGGCCUGCAGAAGGCCACCAGCUUGUGCCCGGAACCUCAGUGAGGUGGUCAGACAUCUUCAGGGCCGGAGCAGCAUUUCCAAACAACAAGUCCGUACUGGUUCCACGGCUGUGGUGGUGUGAGGAUACCAAUAUCAAAGACGCCAUCCGAAACGAUUUGAAAGAGCUGAACAUUGACCUGGAGGGGCUCCUGCCAGAUUCCUUGCAGUUGCUCAACAGCCCAACAAGGGGUGCCACUGAAAGGGGGGAGAAGUGGGAAGAGCUGGUUGCAAAUUCCCUGGCAGCGCGGUUCCGCCUUCACUGCAUAGCAAGAAACCUGAUUGCUGAAGUCACCUGGGUCCCUUUUUUGAAGAUCUACCCUACGGAGGAUCCACAUUUGCGAGCUGUUUUGGAGCCUUUCGAAGUUUGCUGGAGUGAUGGUGUGGAACAUCCAAGCGGCCAAGGCAAUGAAGCAACUGUCAUGAGUGACGUUGGGAAGGCCAUCAAGUCCAACCGGAAUUUUGCAACGGCUCACCACGACCUUUUGAUCCCCGUGAGAUGCAAGGCAACUGGUAAGCUCGAGUUCAUUGCUGCGCAAUGUCGUUAUGGACAGAAAAAGGAUGCAGACGGCCUGAAGUUGCAGGACAAGGCGAAGAAGGACAACUUUGAGGAAAUGCAAAAUGUGUUGCUGCAGAUUUGCAGUGAGUCUGAAGGCUGGCAGUCCUUUACAAACAAGACAUGGGCCAGACGUCAGGAGGAGAAGAAAUACUCUCUCAUGAGUUGCGAGACUAUCAUUGCGCAGCUGGACGUGCUGAGGCUUUUGUGAGUGUACA